ACAUUAAAAAAAACCUAUUGUAAUCGCCAGAAUCGUUAUGGUGUUGAUGAAAUCGUGCAAUCGCUUAAAUCGAAUAAUUUGCAUCUUGAAAUCGUUAGUUGCGUUUUGAACGGUGAAGAAAUCAGAAUCAAGUGCGCUCUUGAGAGUGAAGUCUGAAGUGUAAUAGUGUUCCUCCAGACAUUUUCAUUCACUUAAGUGGCUUCAUUUCAACUUUCGAACAACUCGAAACUGAUAAAGUAGAGCUGAUUUCUUCAAACGCUCGCAUUGUAUAUCGACUUUCUGUGUUGAGGUUUCAUACCACAGAAGAAAUAAAAGCGUUGCACACUGCAAUUUGCAAUGAUAUAAACUGAUAAUUACAGUACUUAAAUUCAGUGAAUCGACAAAAAGAUUAAUUGCAAUAUUCAUUAUCGUAACGAAUAAAAAUGGGAAAUUUUGAUGAACAAGCGGCCAAAGGUUUAAAUGGAAAAAAUAACUCAAAAACGUUAUCAAACGUUGAAAAUGCUGCACCACCAAAAUUACCAUAUCCCAAACGUGUAUUUUUCAUCAUCGGCAAUGAAUUUUGUGAACGAUUCAAUUUCUAUGGAAUGAAAACAAUUUUGGCGCUUUACAUCAAAAACAAAUUGGGUUAUUCUGAAAAUGAUGCCACUGUAUUGUAUCAUAUAUUUACGAUGAUGGUGUAUUUUAUGUGCAUUUUUGGGGGCAUCUUGUCUGACGUCUGGCUGGGAAAGUUUAACACUAUUUUGUAUUUAUCAAUUGUUUACUCGAUCGGAAGUGUUAUUGUGUCAGUUGGAUCGAUUCCAGUCAUCGAUUUUUCACCCGAAAUUGCACUGUACAUUGGGUUGAUUUUGAUUGCACUUGGCAGUGGUGGGAUUAAACCAUGCGUCUCAUCCUUCGGAGGUGAUCAAUUCAAAAUGCCGGAGCAAGCAGCCCAAAUUGCCACAUUCUUCUCAUUGUUUUACUUUACAAUCAACGCCGGUUCACUUAUAAGUACAACACUCACACCAAUUUUACGAGCAGAUGCACAUUGUUUCGGUGACAAUGAUUGUUUCCCACUUGCCUUCGGAGUGCCGGCUAUUUUGAUGAUUACAUCUUUGGUAUUUUUCAUUAUCGGAAAGUCAUCGUAUACAUACGUCAAAACUGCCGAAGAAAACAUGAUCAUUCGCAUGUUUAAAUGCAUUGCGAAUGCGAUCUCCACCAAGUAUCGGGAAAGAAGUACCAAUCCCCGUGAAAAUCUCCUCGACUAUUCAAUAGACAAAUAUGGAGCUCAGUUGGUUAGCGAGACGAGAGUUAUGCUGAAAAUUCUUCUGCUCUAUUUGCCCUUGCCAUUCUUCUGGUCUCUAUUCGAUCAACAAGGCUCUCGAUGGACAUU